GUGGUGAAAAAGGGUAUUGCACACAAAAAAACCCCCAAAGAGGGUCCAGGUGAAGCUGAAGUCAUAUGAUUACAGGAGGUUAAGUAGUAUCCGACAGAUGCGGGAAGCAUACUGAAGUGAUACAAACGGAAGAGUUAGUUUAUAUCCAGUACUGACAUUAACUACGUUGCUUUUAGUUUACCAGCAGUGAUGCAGUAGUACACUGUCAUGGCGACGUGUGCAGAAGGAGCAUGCUUGGCCUUCGUCAGUGGAGGCGGAGAGACGGCUUUAAAUCAUCCAGCAGCUGCGCCUCUCAUGCCUUUCCUGACGCUGAGCGAAGCCUCCCAUACAGAUGAGCGCUGGAAGCCACGCACCUCUUGACGUAGCCACAGACCGGUUGCGGUGCCACUCGGUCUCCGUAGCACGUAUUUGCGCAACGUGACUGAUGCUCAACUGGCUGCACGGCGGGCACAUCCGGCUCCCACCGUCGCGUGAAUACAUUUAGAAAGUCGUCUCAUAACGCUCGAGACAGCGACAAGCAUCGCCGAGGACCGCAGCUCUUCACGCAGGACUGGACCCUGUCCGAGUCAUUGCCACCGGUAGAGCUGAGUCGAGCGCGCGGCAUCGAGGUGCAGUCGUGAUGUGACUGUAUGAGCACAACGGCAGCUGAGCGUUUUUACAGCCCAGAAGGUGAACGCAGCGAGCAUUUUAGAGUGUGUUUUGAGUGUGUGUGCGGGAAGCAGAGGUGAUAGCUCCGUUUGACAGCAUGCAGUCCGCGCAGCAUCCGCAGAGAGAGCCGUGAACCACAGCUGGAAAUGAGGAGGUAUGUCCGUGGGUACCGAGCCUCUGUCUGCCUGUAGUCGACAGUAUCAGUGUGCGAAGUCGUGUUGGUUCCUCGCGGGGGUCUUCGCUACAGUCCGGGCACACACGCUAUCAGUGGAGCGCACCUAUACCUGGAGUCUAGGGGAGGUUGCUGUUUGGUAAGGCCGGGCUUUCUGCAGCCCACUCCCCGCGCCCCGCCGCUUCUCCGCAUCUUCCGCGCGGCGACUCUUUGCCGCGAGCGCUCCGCGUCUUCACUACAUUGCAUUGGACAUCAAAACCAUCACCUCCUGAGUGUGUUUGCCUCCUGCGGCCGUAAAUACCUUCACAGCGAAUUCUGAGACUGAAUUAAUCGACGCGUGGAUCGGAACAGUGCCGUGUCUAUGCACCUCAGCUACACCGCCCCGGAGAGGACUUCUUGCCAUUGAGAGCUAGAUAUGCAGAGAUUAACGUGAAAGGAUGGAUCUAAUUAUCUGUGUUUUGGGGCUGCUGGCGCUAAUUGUGGAGGGCACCCGUUGCCAAGGAGUGUACGCCCCUCCGACUGUCCGCAUUAUACACUCAGGGCAUGCCUGUAAUGUUGAGGAGGAGAGGCACACGGAGAGAGUCUACACCAUCAGAGAGGGGGAGACCCUGGAGCUCACCUGUCUGGUGACAGGGCAUCCUCGACCACAGAUCCGAUGGACCAAGACGGCCGGCAGUGUGUCGGACCGCUUCCAGGACUCCAGUGUGUUCAAUGAAACUUUGCACAUUGCAAAGAUCCAGAGGACCCAGGGAGGUCGCUAUUACUGCAAGGCUGAGAACGGACUCGGAUCCCCUGCCAUCAAGUCCAUCAGGGUGGACGUCUACUACCUUGAUGACCCAGUGGUGACGGUGCACCAGAGUAUAGGAGAAGCUAAGGAACAGUUCUACUAUGAGAGGACUGUGUUUCUGCGCUGUGUGGCCAAUUCUAACCCGCCCGUCCGCUACAGCUGGCAUCGUGGGAGAGAGGUCCUGACGCAGGGCUCGGACAAGGGAGUGGAGAUCUACGAGCCCUUUUUCACUCAGCAGGGGGAAACUAAGAUUUUGAAGUUGAAGAACCUGCGUCCCCAGGACUAUGCCAACUACAGCUGCAUUGCGUCUGUCAGAAAUGUGUGCGGGAUCCCUGACCGCAGUGUUAUCUUCAGACUCACCAAUAAGACAGCCUCCCCGUCCAUCAAGCUGCUGGUGGAGGAUCCUAUUGUGGUGAAUCCUGGCCAGACGGUGUCUUUGGUGUGCAUCACCACAGGUGGAGAGCCGCCCCCGACUCUCACCUGGGUCAGCAGUAAUGACAGCCUGCCACAAAGAAGCGUGGUGAAGGGUGGCACUCUCACACUUCCGGCCAUCACCUCAGAUGAGGCAGGGGUCUACAGCUGCGUGGCCAGCAACAACGUGGGAAACCCGGCCAAGAAGUCUACUACCAUCGUGGUGCGAGCUUUGAAAAAGGGGCGAUUCUGGAUCACUCCUGACCCGUACCACAAUGAUGACAACAUCCAGAUUGGACGUGAAGUCAAGAUAUCUUGUCAGGUGGAGGCAACCCCACCAGAGGAGCUGACUUUCAGCUGGCUGAAGAAUGGGCGUGCCCUGCGGAGCUCAGAGCGUAUGGUUAUCACCCAAACAGACCCCGACAUCUCCCCAGGGACCACCAACUUGGACAUCAUAGACCUCAAGUUCACCGACUUCGGGACGUACACCUGCGUGGCCGCGCUGAAGGGAGGAGGCAUCCCUGAGAUCAGCAUUGAUGUCAACAUCUCCUCCACAACUGUCCCUCCUCUGUUUUUCUCUUUCUUAGUUCCCCCCAACCUGACAGUCCCCCGGGGCAAGUCCCCCCUGGUGGCCCGCGAGGGUGACACAGUGGAGCUGGAGUGCCUUGUUUCAGGGAAGCCCAAGCCCAUCAUCCUGUGGUCGCGAGCCGAUAAGGAGGCGCCCAUGCCGGACGGCAACAUGCAGAUGGAGAGCUACGAUGGGGUGCUGCGUAUUGUUAAUGUGUCCAGAGAGAUGACGGGCUCGUACCGCUGCCAGACCAGUCAGUAUAAUGGGUUCAAUGUAAAGCCCCGGGAGGCCGUGGUGGAGCUGAUCGUACAAUACCCUCCAACAGUGGAGCCGGUUUACAUGGAGAUGCGUCAGGGUCUGGGGAGGCCUGUGGUGAUGACCUGCAGGGUGCUGCGAGCCCACCCUUCCCGCGUGCUGCGAUUCGAAUGGCUUCUAUCAAACCGGCUUCUACAUGCCGGCGCCUUUGACGCCCAAAGAGAUGAGACGGAGUACACCAUCCGCAGCCUGAAUCGAGACGGCUGGGGGGAGUACACCUGUAAUGUCAUCAAUGAGGCCGGAGCAGGCAAAUGCACUUUCCAAGUUACAGGUAAAGCCUACCCUCCAGAAUUCUACUACGAUACCUACAGCCCACUGUGGCAGAACAGGCCCAGAGUCUACGGCUUCAAGCUUCAGUGGACCCAGAUGAACCCCAACGCUGUGGACCGAAUUGUCGCCUACAGACUAGGCAUCAGACAGAUGGGGUUGCAUCGCUGGUGGGAGCAGGAGAUCCCCGUGGACGGAACAAUCAACAAAGGAGAGCUCAUGACACACAAUCUGACUGAGCUCAUAAAGCCUGAAUCCUAUGAGGUGCGCCUUACCCCCAUCACACGUUUUGGAGAGGGUGACUCCACCAUCCGGAUUGUCACUUACAGCGCUCCCAUCAACCCUCACCUGAGAGAGUUCCACUGCAGCUUUGAGGAGGAGCCCAUCUGCAUGUUCACCCAGGACAAAAAUGAUGAUUUUGAUUGGACGCGGCACAGUGCAGCUACCCGCGAUACAAAGUAUACACCCAAUACUGGGCCCAGUGGUGACCGCAGUGGUUCCAAACAGGGUUUCUACAUGUACAUUGAGACAUCGAGACCACGGAAGGAAGGAGACCAAGCACGGCUUGUAAGUCCGUUUUUCAACGUGGCACCUAAAAACCCAUAUGGUAUCACCAACCCACCUGCCUACUGCUUCGGCUUCUUCUACCACAUGUAUGGAAAACACAUAGGAACACUAAACGCUUUUCUAAGGCAGAAGGGCCAAACGACCUCCGAGGGCCCCGUGUGGUCUCUGAGUGGUAACCAAGGUGAUCGCUGGAAGCAGGCCAAAGUGAGCAUCCAUCCAACCGCAUCCUUCCAGGUGGUGCUUGAAGGCAUCCGGGGACCAGGCAUUGAGGGAGACAUCGCCAUCGAUGAUGUCACGCUGGAGGAAGGGGAGUGUCGAGACCCACCGCCCAAUCUCAGCUCCAAGGGUCCAUUCACAUCCUCCCAUAUAUGGCUGCUCAGCGUCACCUUGGUGAUGACGCUGCUGGAAGGUCAGAGGUGACCCUUCUCUCCGUCACCUCAGAGGCAAAUAUUCAGACCCACCGUCUGUGAACUAUACCCUCGGCAUCCAAUCACCAAAGAUUCAUGCAUCCUGAAAGCAGCAGGGGAUCCCUGACAGACGAGAGAGGGCCCGAAAUUCAUGAGAGAGAGGAAAAAAUAGUGAUAAAAAGUUACACAAAAAGUAAUAAAGAAGAUGCGCUAAUUUUUUAAAGAGACCUCUUUUACAGAAAACACCCCUUGGUGCAGGACUCGGAACAUCUUCACGAGGACAAAGACAGGUGGGCGAUGAAUAAACCUGGACUUUGGUGAAUGAGUUCACAAGCGUCGAGGGAGGACAGUUUGUAAAGCACAAGAACAAUUUUAUGAAGUUAUGAAAAAAUCUUUGGGAGGCGGCGGAAUAUAGACACUGCUGACUUUUUGAAGAGGAAAUAACAUUUCCCUGCUUACAAAUACAUGGAAUCAGACCUUUCUCUGUGUAUCUUUAUCUUCAUCUUCUUGCACCAGACGCCAAUCACCGACACCUGUUUUUCACUCUAGCCCAGCCUCACGUCACACCUUGGCAUUUCUUUAUCUGCUUGGUGCUCUACUGUAGAAAAACAAGGACUCUGGCAACAUUUAGUUCUGUCUGCUUACUCCCCUGUAGCUGUCCAUGUAUCUUUUUAACACUGUGCUCACGAGUCCAAGUGGCCAACCGACAGUCUGGUGGCAGAAGAAAAAGAAGAAAAAAAAAAGAAAUGCAGAAGAGUCAGUGAAGGUGCAGACAGCAGGACAGGAGGGCAGAAAGAGGUUCAAGCUUAGGAGCUGAAAUAAGAGGGAGAGGUGGAAAGAGCAGAGAGGAGGUAUAUUAAGGGGAGGAAGGGAGGAGGAACAGGCAGAGAGUAGAGAAAGGUCCAAUUAGUGAGGCCUGACUCAGCGGUCCGCCUGUGGAACAGAAGCCACUUUACUUUCUGCCAUGAAACAAAGUGCCUUCAGAUUACAAACCGAAUCGUGAGCCUGGGUGUUAAUCAACAUCGGACACAUCUCUGUUCAUGUUUCCUCUGAUGGGCUAUUUUCUACAUGUUUCUUUUGCCCCACAAGUGCUGAUGGGAGGGCAUGCGUAUUCAGAGGGAGUAUGGGGGUUGUGCUACACCUUGGAUUUCACUCCUGAUGGGACAGUCAUGUAUGUGAGAGUGUGUGUGUGUGUAGGUCUGUGUUUGUUGGUGUGUGUGCAUGCGCCUAAGCCUAUGCCUAUGCCUACACGUAGUUCAGUUUGAGGGCAGCCGACCAGGCAGUGCUGGCAGACCAGGUUUGGAAACAAUAUGGAUCCAAAAAGUGGCAACAGUGAGGCUGUGGAUCUUUUUUUUUGCAGAAAGACGGUUUAUGAUCAUACAGGAGGAUAAAGACACUUUGUCGAAUUAAUACCCCCUCUCUCUUCUCAUAAUUCUCCUUCCCUGCGGGCGAGCAUUUUUUAACAAAAGAAAAGAACAACUGCUGAAUAAAACAUUGCGUUGUACAGGGAGGAGAGUAGGAACUUUGGGACUGUAGGCUCUUCAUUGGGGUGCCUCGCCCCUAUCCUCCACCAUUUAUAUGGAACAAUAUGAGAAUAAAAGAUAAUAAUGACCAUAAUAAUAGUCAUGAUAUUUUAUUACUCUAGCGAGAAUGUUUCUCUGCUUUUACACAAACUGUGAAGAUUGACUGUGGAAGAUCUACCUGAGACCAUAACCUUAACCAGCGGGGUUUUUAAAAAAUGUAUUGUAAAAAAGAGAAAAUAAGAAAAUGAAAAAUUCCGUUCAUUGUUGGUUAUGACAAAUGUUUUGAGGACUUGUGUCUUGUUUCUUAUUUUUUCUGUUGAAGAUGACUUUACUUCCUUCUCUUCUUGUUGUCUCCCUUUGCAUUGCUUAAGUAUCAAAGCUGAUGGAAGCAUAAGAAGUAAACCAAUUUGGUAACUGUAUAACUUGUAAAUGUUAAAGAAGCUCUAUUCAAAGGUUUAUGAUAAAUGUUUUAUGUUGGAGUACAGGAAGCACAACAUACAGUUUAAGGUCUCAACAUAUAAAAUCCAUUUUAUAUUUCUCUGCACAUACAAAACCUUCUCCCACUGGCUUUACACCACUCUGAAACAAGUCCAUGUUUAACUUUAAACUGAUCAUAUUUUGCUUGUGACAUUCAUAUUUAUAGUUCAGCCAGAACGCUGAAGGUGGCAAAGGCAGCCCAGUCAGGAGAAUAAAUGAAAUCCCCAUGAAUGCAGACUGGGUAAAGCUUCAGUUUGGCGUUGUGGUUGUUCAGCAUAUGUAGCCUUUUCCGUCGAAGCCUGGGUUGGUCUGAGUGGGUCAUGUACAUGUGUGAACAUAAAGCUGUGUACAAUAGGUGUGAUAAGAAACUGUAAAGAAGAUAAAUAUGCUAAGCAAAACAGAGCAGAAUGAUGAGCAUUUCAGGGCAUCCUUACCUUGUCAUUAUAGUCUGUAUGAUGUUACAGAUACAUGAUCACAGCUAGUAUCUGCUAUCCAUUUCUGUUUUUCUUUCAUUUCUGUGGUUUUAUUUCCAUAAGGCCCAGAUCACAAUGAAUGUAAAUGGAAUUCUGGGGGAGGUUCUUUUCUUACAGUCUUUCUAGAUGUAAUGUUUUACUAAAAAAUAUGUUUUUUGUGUGCUUUUGAUUAUGAGAACUUUCAUUCAGACAUUCACGGGAUGUUUUGGACAUACAUUCGGAAAAUGUAGUUUGUCUGACUUUAACACACUUUCCAAAAAUAUAGGCUCUGAUAAAGUAUCCAUUAGCUGGUAACUGUACCCUCCUGUGGUAUAGUGGGUAAAGAAAAGUGCCAAAGUGCCCCAUUCAGUCGUCAAUAAGUAUGGAUAUGAGUUUCUUAACAUAUUUUGGAAAUUGUUGUGUUGUGUUUUACACCCUGAGCCCCCCUAGGACCGGGUUAAUUUAUGAUAAGAAUCCUCAUGUAAUGGUAACUCCACCUCAAAGUACAUGGAUAUUAAAAAAAUUACAGCUGGAUUUAAAUGAAAGAAUGCCAAUCUUCUGUCUGAGGGUGACACAAUCUGCCUACCAGUGCCUCUAAAGCUUGCUAAUUAACACCUUAUGUUUUGCUUGUUUAAUUCAUGCAAAACUUAAAGUAUGAAAACAACAAAUGUAAUGGGAGUCAUUAAGUCACAAGCUUGCCAGGCAGCUACAGAGCCUUCCAAAAGUCACUGCUCCUGGCGAAGAUAUAGCCUGGUACAUAACCCUGAUGAGAGUAGGGUUUGUCUUUUUUUUUCCCUACAGUUUUUGUACAAAUCAAGCAAACAAGAUAUAAUGUGUUCACCAGUGAUCUCUAGAGGUGCUGCUGGGAAGAGUUUCUUUAGCUUUAGGCAGAACAAAACUAGCGCUUUCCCCAUCUCCAAUCUUUAUGCUCAGUUAAGCUAAGUGGCUUCUGGCUGAUUAUAUUUUUCUUACAAACAUUAGAGUGCUAGUGCUAGAGUUCUCAUCUAAAUCAGAAAAAAAAAAAAUAUGUGGUCCUCCGCAAAAUGCCAAGCAGUUGCUUCAAAAUAACAGCCUGAGUUGGAAAAACUACUGUAUAUUUCCUUUUGGUGGCCAUAACUACAAUUUGUUUUGUGCAUAUUAAAAUCAGUAUUAGCCUUUCAAAAACUGUAGCAGACCUGAUUUUAGUCCUACUUUUGUGGUGUAUAUUAUUAAACCCUGGGUACAUUCAUCUGCAAAAUUUUCACCAGUGUGAAGGAAAUAUUAUUCUCCAAGUACCACAGCUGAAAUUGGACAGAAAAAUGAAUCCUUGUUUGUUUCCAUGGUAUUACAGCUCUCACCAUGUCCUUGAUUUCCAUUUCUGUGCAAUCCACACACACCGUGUCAGCCUCUGCCCUUUGUGUAUACGUGGUGAGUAGCUUACACACUCAGCUCGGCUCUAUUUAUUGAUAAAAGUGCUCUAAGCUACUUCAAAGUACAAUUGAAAGGGAUUAACAGUUUUUGAAUAUGUAAACAGUGUUGUGCGACAGUUUUCUUUCUUAUGGUGUUUACUGACUUUAUUUUGAUGAUUAGAUUAAAGGUUUCUGUAGUUGUGGAAGGUGUGAAGUGUUCAUAAACUAACAAGGGGAAAUGGGUUUUGAGGUAUUUGCAGCUCCCGAUUAGUUUGUGUUCUGGAGCUGAAUGUGUUCACGUGUGCCAAGUGGUUUGUUUUCACAUCACUGUGCCUGGGCCCAAGAGCACACAGAUGUUUCUCAAAGCAGCCACUUUAGUUUGACACUCAUGCGAGAGUUUGCAGUUGUGAUGAUAGUGCCAUAAAUUUUAAUAGAGGCUUGCAAAAAUAAAAUGGCCGCACAUUUUUUUGCUCCUGUCCUCUUGGCAGACCUUUCUUGGAAUCUAUUGAGUUUAGUCCUUGAAAGCACUUUCAUGAUAACAUAGAAUUAAAAAGGUCUCUAUUGUUAUUGCGUGGGCAAGAAUUGUAGUGCAAGCCAAUGCAACUGUCGGUAGUGAACACUACCCUCUGAACUGGCAUCAGAUGUUUUGUUCAUGCCUGACAAUCACUGGCUUAAUCGCCAGCUGUGGCUGUCAGCUGACUAGUAAUGUUCAAUCAUAUUCAUGCAGGUGUACAGAAUAGCCAUCAUAGCCCAAUACUUCUCACUAUUACUGUGGUUUGCUCCUGUAGUUCCCUCCUCCACUCAAAACUCCUCAUUAUGUCCUAAAAUAUUUGCUGUUGUUAAUUUCACAAAGUCGGUGUUCAUGUAUGUGUUCAUUAACAGGAGAUUCAUUCUCCCAGCAGAGUCUUUGUUCUGCUUAGCUUGUUUCAGAGCUCACUAACAGCAGAGCCUUUUCCACCAAAUAUAACCAAGUAACCAUGAAUCAUCAAUUCUGAUGUGUUGAUGUGUCAGAAAGGUGUUGAUUUAAUUCUAUCAUCAUUUUUAAAAGCUGUACCUUGUGAUGGUUUGUUUUACUUGAUUGUAUUGUACUUGAUGUUUUUGCCCGUCCAUGCAGUUAAUGUAAAUUAUAUGGAAAAAGGUUUUUGGGCACCUUUCGAUAGGAUGCAAUCGCAUAAAACCAGGAGAAAGUACAGCCUGAAAAUGCACAAUAGUCAACACGCUCUAAAAAGCUUGCACUUUCGACAAAUUAUAAAUGAGGUGUUUGGGUCAGUUGCAUUGUAUUGCAUUACAUUGUACUGGUUGCAGUUUACACUAGAAAUUGCCUUUUUUCUUUGCAAUUCUGCUGAAAACAAAUGACACAAGUCGAUCUUUAUUGCAUAAAAAAGGGCAAUAGCUGUUUGGUAGGUGGGAGGAGGGAAGCUGUCUGCAGUACAGGGAUGUACGCAUUGUUUUCCUGUUAGAAUGCAGUUUCACCUUCCUUACUGAUGAAAGGACACACUUGACUUGCUGUCUUUGUGUAAAUUGAAUGAUACAAAAAACAAACAAGGACAUGUUUUCACUGCAGUUUCUUCUCAGAAUCUUUAAAAAAAUCUUUUAUUUCUUUUCUGUUUCUUUUUGAUGAAAACACAAAUGUAUUAUGCAGUUGUGCAUGAAUGUACCCAGUGCUCACAUUAAUACCAUUAAAAUCAAAGUACUGUAAGGACAUGGUCUGUCAGAGUUUGUGCAGGCUGCAGAUUGAACAUAAUUGCUGCAACAUGCAGUAUGUCGAAACAAUUUCCCAGGUUCUUUGGUAAAUUUGAUUAAACCUAUCCAUGUGAGCAGACCCAUUUCCAGUCGCUAUGGGAGAAAAUCUAAUUUAAAACAAGGUAUUGCCUUAAUUCCUGGAAAGUGCAUACCUUGUAAUAUUACAGUAUAAACGUAAAGUAGGAAAGAUCUUGCUUAGAAAGUGAAGUCCUGCUCAGUUAUGCUGUAAUGUAAUUUCUUGCUAGGUGUUUUUGAAAUAAUUCAGCUGUAAUUUUCAAAUGUUUACCAGUACAGCUAUAAGAUAGUACUAUAACAUCCAAGUAUUUAAGUACAUAAAACCUAAUGCUCGUAGGGUCUCUAAAUGGAACAGUCCCAAGAUUUCUUUCUGAAUGAAAAUGUUCUCAUUUUCUGUUCAACCUAAGAAGGGCUUUGUCACAUCGUGCCAUUCAUCGCGCUAUUUUAGCUCCCGAAAUAACCGUUCAGUUUCACUAGCAUGAUAUAACGGCAGCUGGUAGCCCUAUUAUCACUAUACUCACCCUUCUUUCUUGGUAUUGAUUCAGGAGAAAAGAAUUGGUGCCAAGAGGGGGUGUGAGGGGCACAACCAGCACCAGUAGAAACAGUAGUCACUGUGAAUUUGGCAGUCAGAAAAGUGUUCAUAUAAAGCAAUCAAAUACUAACAAAAUGUCUGUCAUAUUAAAGCUGAAACAUUACCCCUGUGCUGAAUGUUUUUCAAGAGUAAAAUUGCCAUCUUAAUGCAGUGAGUUUCUUUCACACAGUGACUGGGCAGUAGUGAGUGACUUCUCGCCAGGAGGCUGCCUGCAGUCUCACUAAAUAAGUGGAAGAGGUAGACACAUUUCAGAGAUCUCAUUUCACUCUGUCAGAAAAGAAGCAGUAUGUCGUUAUUUGAUGGCAUGGCUUCUCAGUGUGACAACUUUACCAGUGGGAAAACUGCCACCUCUUGGAACCUUACUGUCUCUGGUGUUGGAGUGAAUCUCAUGACUUUUCGAUGGCGUUCCACUUCUUUCUCUUUUACCUGCUCUGAUCAAGAAUCACACACCAGGCAGGAGCAACAUGAAUGCUCACACAGACUCCGUUUUUACUUGUCCGGCUAUUUUGCCAUCAGUGCAGCUGACUGCAUGCAGGAUGACAAGAUGAAGGUGUUUGCCACCAUUGAGAAAUUGCCAGCCCUCCACUUUUGAAAAGACCCCUGGGAAUAAUGAGAUUUGAUGCUGUAAUAUCAAGGUUGUUGAGAAAGCUGUGUUUCAGUGAUGUUAUUUAUCUUGUUCUGUGCCGACACCCUGUAAUGAUGACCUGUCACUCUUCUCUGUUCUGUGCUCUAUAUUUAUAUAUGAUCAGGCUUCUUUUUCACUGUAUUUCUUUGGAUUUAUCACCCAUUUUUUGUGCCAUACCUGCAACUAAUGAAAAAAAUAAAGAAAAGGAAUAUUUUACACGCCGUGUCAUACAUUUUCACUUGUGACAGUAUGAGACCAGAACAUCCUAAAUAGAACAAAAUAGGA